AUGUCCGUCAACCUCCCAUUGCUCGCGUUCAACGACGUGUACCGCGUCUCGCAGCGCUUCGUGCCCCAGCCGGGGUCGCCAGAGGAGGAUGUGAAGCCUGACGCCGAGAUCGGCGUAGGCCAGUUCGGCCAGCUCAUCAACACAAUCAGACAGGAGUGGAAAACGCAGGAGAAUGGAACACAGGACGGCCUCGUCCUUUUCGCGGGGGACGUGUUUAGCCCCUCGGUCGAGAGCAGCGUGACACGCGGAAGUCAUAUGGUUCCCAUCCUCAACGCACUCAAACUUGAUGCUGCUUGCAUUGGCAACCACGACUUCGACUUUGGAUACCCGCACAUGACCAAGCUUGUGGGCGACACCAACUUUCCCUGGCUGCUCAGCAAUGUCGUGGAUACGCUUACUGGCACGACACCGGUCCCGCUCCACCGCUUCUACGUGACGGAGCGGUGUGGCGUCCGCAUCGGUCUUGUCGGCCUCGUCGAGGAGGACUGGAUCGCGACCAUCCCAUCGUGGCCCAACAACUUUGCCUACCGGCCCAUGAAGGAGGUCGGCCUCGAACUGUCCAGGGAGCUGCGUGACCCGAACGGACCGCACCGCGUCGACAUUAUCAUCGCGCUCACUCACUCACGCGUGCCCAAUGAUAUCCAGCUUGCCAAGGACCUUGGCGCCGUCAAGGACCGCGACACCCAGAACGAACAGGGUGUUGACCUCAUCAUUGGCGGGCAUGAUCACAUAUACUACAUUGGCAAGGGUGCCGACUCGUGGGAGGGUUAUGUCGGGCUCCGGGACAGGCCGGGGACGCGUGACGAUGACGGUGUCCGCCUCAUCAAGAGUGGCACGGACUUCCGCGACUUGAGUGAGGCGACGCUCGAGCUAUCCCCACCCAACGAGAACGCGGUCCGCCGACGCGUCAUCACUUCCUUGACCGGGAAGCAUCACUACGUCACCCCCGCCUCCCCUACGUCGCCAAAGCUCGACAAGCUCGUGAAGAACCUGCUCGAUUCUGUUACAAAGACUCUCCACCAGCCUGUGUGUUACACUAUCACGCCGUUCGACGCGCGCUCCGAAAUCGUACGCACGCAGGAGUGCGCGCUCGGUAAUUGGGCUGCGGACGUGUUGCUGCAUGCGUACGACGAGAGCCUGGUGGAGAAGAACGCGCGCGUCAGAUUCGAGAAGGAUGGCGCAGAUGGUGAAGGGGGUAAGACCCUCACUGAGGGCGCGGACGCGGUCAUCAUCUGUGGUGGGACACUGCGAGGCGACUCGCAGUACGGCCCAGGUAUCAUCACGCUGGGUGACAUCCUUGAGAUCUUUGCAUUCGAUGACCCGGUUGUGUGCCUCGAGAUUGAUGGCAAAGGGAUCUGGGACACUCUGGAGAGCGCCUUGUCCAAGUGGCCUGCCCAAGAAGGCCGUUUCCCCAUCGUGGCUGGACUCGCAGUGGAGUGGGACCACCGCAAGCCUCCUGGGCAGCGCAUCGACAGCAUCCACCUCACUGUACAGGAGACUGAGCACAAUGAUGACGAAUACGACCCUAGCGCCGAGGUUCUCUACAUGGAACAGCCCGACGGUACGCGCAUCGAGAUCAAGCAGGCCAGGGUUAAGCUCGGCGAGGAGGUCAAGAACGUGGAGGGCGGCCGUACAUAUUACGUCAUCACGCGAGACUACAUGGCGAAAGGCUUCGACGGCUUCGAGGCGCUGAAGGACCGCCACAUGAUAGUCGACCAUGAGGUGGGCCAGAGCAUGAGUUCCAUCAUCCGCUCGUUCCUCCUCGGCUCGUCCUUCAUCUUUAGAAUGACGCAGCCCGCCGCAGAAGCUCACCAGGACCACCUCGAUCACAUCUGCUCCCGGACGUCGAACUUGUUAAAGCGGCAUAGGACGUUACAGUGCUCGCCUUCUCAGUCUAUUGCGAGCUCGCCUUCCAAGGCCAAGUACGACUUGGGUCAAUUCGUGGACUCGCCGGGCACAUCUCCAAUGCACCCGAGCUUCAAGAACAUUGUGGAAGCUGCCACGGCUGUUAAGACUGAGCAGGUCGAGUCGUCGAUUUCAUCGAUCUCGACGUCUGGGUGGGGCAUGCUGCGCCGCCAUGUGAUUGAGCACGACUGGGUCACCAUCCGUGAGGCACUGCACGUCGCCAAGCACGAACACAUGAGCGAUGUCGACCCCUGCGACGGCCGCAAGCUCCGCCACCAGACGAUUUAUGACAAGACGCCGCCUGCCGCAACUCCGCGCACUGGGACUCCUGGCCUCCUGGUCGACCCCAAGCGCAAGGCUGAGCUCAAGGACCUCGCGCCCGACGUUGCCAUCGUCGCGCCGCAAGUUGACGGGCGCAUGCGCGACAUCGCCUCCGAUGAUGGUGAGCAGGAAAGCUAG